AUGGCACGCAUCAAAACUACUGCCAAGAGAAAAAUGUCAUCUUUUGAUCUAGAAACAGACUCACAAAACUAUUCAAGCUCUGAAUCCGCUGGCCAAGGAAUAAAACACAAGUCUAUCUCUCCUCCUAUGGCACCUCCUCAACCUCCUUCUAAAAAAACCAAAAAACCCUCAUCUUCAAAACCCACUGCCUCAACCAGAAGAUCUUCAAGAGUUCAGUCUGGUGUUGUCCCUUCAAGCAAAAAGGUUCCUCAGGACUCUACUGUUCAUGUGGUUGAUUCGGACGAUUCCAAAGGAAAUACCUCGGCUAAAUCGAUCCCUAAUUUAUCUUCCAAACCUUCCACUCCAAAAAGGUCAAAAACUAAAUCAACUAAACAGAAUUCGGAGACAAAUUAUACCUCAAAAUGGAUAGAUAAAUAUGUGGUUCAUGGCAAGCACAUUGACCUAAUUAACUUGAAAAAUGGUGGCUUUAACGUUGAAGAAGUUUUUGAUAAGUUAGGAUGGACCUCCUUUUUUAGAGUAAAUGAACCACAAUACCCACGGCUGGUAAAGGCAUUCUAUGUUGCAUGCAAUGGUUGUAAAGGAAGCUCUGGUUUCAGUUUUGUACUUAAGGGAGUACACUUGGAAGUAAACCCCACUACAUUACGCAAAAUCAUUGACCUACAAGAUGCUGGAGCCCACUAUUUUGCUGAAACUUGGUAUAUGCAAUAUAUGAUCACUCGAACUUCCGUUCUUCAAAGUAUCUUGAUAAAUCCUCGUAAACCUCUCGUAGCUUCAAACCUUCCUCCUAUGUGUCGGAUUUUUCACAACAUCUGUGUUCACUCGAUAGUGCCUCGAGCUGGGAGCUUUGAAAAGGUAACCGAACUUGAUAUUCUGAUUAUUCAUCAUCUGUUGACUGGAACACCCCUUCAUUUGGGCAAUAUCAUAUUUAGCUACAUGUUGAAUGCUGCCAUUGUGGGUCGAUCAGCUCUCUAUGGGAUGAUCUUGACCAAAGUCUUUAAGUUCUUUAAGGUACCUCUUGAUGAUGAAGGGAGUAUUCAGUGCAAUAACUUAUUUUCUAUGAAAAAUAUCAAACAAAUGCGUAUUUAUCUGCCUGAACAAACCUCCACCUCAAGGAAGAAGAAAACCGCCUCAAAGAAACAGAAGUCUGCCUCUCCACUAUCUCAUUCUCGGACCCCCACUUCCUCAUUUAACUCCGCUGGCUCAACACUUCCUCAAUCUCCACAAGUCAGUAACAAUCCAUCAACACAUACUACCGCUUCUUCAAUUAAGGAUGCAGUUGAUGAAAAUCCUCCACAACGUGAGGAGGAUGGUGAAGACUUAUUAUUUGAUCUGAACGUAUCAUAUGAUCAUCAUUCUUCAAAAAGCCCUCAUAGGAACAUGCAUGCGGAAGAAUCCACAUUACCAUCUCAAGUAAGUCUAAACUCUUCUCAUAUUUCUCCAAAUAUUGCUCCAUCUAAUUCUGAUCCAAAUUUACAAGAAAAAUCCAAAUCUCCUUUGGCUCCACAUUUUGAAAAUCUAUCCAAGGAUAAGGCUAAAAGUGCAUGUGAUGAUUCAACAACCAACAUGAAAUCGGCAGGAACUGAGAACAAAAAGUUUUUAAAGCUACUAAAGGCCAUUAGGAAAGACCAAAAGAAAUUGUUAGUUAACUUUUCUCACUUUCAAAAAACCAUCGCUCAGUUUGGACUCAUUCUGGAAUGGGUAACCAAACACUUGGGUUCAUCUGCUGCUGCCAAUGACCAACCUCCUGUGCUACCGGCCCAAUUCUCCUUUGUCCCCAACUCUACAUAUUCAUCAUCUGAAGAUUCAUCUUCCGCUGAAUGA